GUUUGGAAUGAAACUAUGGGUCGAGUGAGCUCUUGCUUCUCCUUCAAGCCGGCGAAACGCCAAGGCGGUGAUCCUGAAAAAUUUAAAGAGUUGGCUCAAGCUUAUGAGAUAUUGAGCGAUCCCGAGAAACGUGAGAUUUAUGAUCAGUACGGUGAGGAUGCACUCAAAGAAGGAAUGGGCGGUGGUGCCGGCGCCCAUGACCCGUUUGACAUCUUCUCCUCCUUCUUUGGUGGUAGCCCGUUUGGUGGUGGUAGCAGUCGAGGAAGAAGACAGAGAAGGGGAGAGGAUGUAGUCCAUCCUCUUAAGGUGUAUCUAAAGGACCUCUACCUUGGGACUUCAAAGAAACUCUCUUUCCCGUGA